UAUUGUGACUGAAAACAGCUGGCGUCCUGAGUGCAACUGCGGCUUUAAACAAAUUAGUAAAUAAAAAAGUGCAUUUUAUACAAAAAUUCUUAGAUGGCUAGCAAGCCCACUUAACCCGGACCACGCUUCACAAUGGAUUCCUCUUCCUGCUGCUUACUCUGCAUGUGCGAGUAUCCGGCGAUGAUGGGCGACUACAUAGACGUGCAGUCCGCCAGGGCGUUGCAACUGGAUGUGGCCAGGAUUGUCAACCAGCACUUCCCCUUCCAGAUCUCCCAGGAGAGUCGCGAAAGGAUCUGCGGACGCUGCUGGAAAACCGUGUCCGACUUUCACACACUGCACGAAUUCGUGAGCCAGGCACAGAACUCUUUGCAAGAGACGAAGGUACUGCUAAUGGAGGAUGAUCCGCUCACCCAAGGCACUUCCUCCUUUCUGGCUGAAGCCGCCAAAGUGGCCACCAGUGAAGAGCAGCCUUUGCAGGAGGCGUCGGAACUUGGCGGACGCAACUUCUUUUACCCGGAGGUGAAAAUAGAAGAGCACGAACUGGAUCACUUGCCGAGAAUAGAAAUUUUGGAGAGCACGGCCAACUCACAGACCACCCCAGACCAGCUGGAAGCCCCGCCCAGACGCCUGAGGAAGCGCUUGAAGGCCGAGGAGGACUCCUUACCAGAUCCUGAGGUAAUAGAGGAGCCUGUUGAGCCCACGCCGCCCAAAAAGCGUCGUGGACGUCCCCGCAAAGCAGAUUCCGCCACAGCAAUUCCCCAGAAACCAAAAGAAGACAUUGAACUCAAUCUAAAGUCCGAAGAAGUCGACGAGUUUGCCGACGAGGACCCGGACUUCUCCUGCAACCUGGACGACGGCCUGGUGCCCAGCGAUAAUUCAUCUGAGGACGACAACUACGGAGGCAGUGGAGGAGGCUUCGACUCCGAUUCGGACUUCGAGCUGGACAAAGAGGGGAAGCAGGAGUUCGCUGUGCUGCCCAAGCGAACGGUGGUGCGUCCGAAAAAGUACAAGAAGCGCACGAAACCGGCGGAGCCGAAGGUGCGCAUGUCCCGCGAGCUGCUGGAGCAGCGCAAGAAGCAGCAGGAGGAGUACGACACCAUCAUUGCCAAGUUCUUUACCAGCGUGCUGCCGUGUCCGCUCUGCAACCUGAUGGUGCACAACUUCACGGAGAUGCAGCGCCACCACCGACUGACUCACCAGGUGGAUCCCGGUUACAUGAUGUGCUGCGGCCGAAAGUUCACGCAGCGCAAAGUGCUGGCCGAGCACGUGCAAGUGCACUGGAAUCCAGAUCACUUCAAGUGCAGCGUAUGCGAGAAGUCGUUCCAGAACUCGCGGCACCUGGAGUCGCACCAGCAGGUGCACCUGGAUCCGGCCAUCAAGCUAACCUUCAGCUGCGACCUGUGCUCGAAGACCUUCCUUAGCAAGACGGCCAUUGACUAUCACAAGCUGAACAAGCAUGUGCCCAAGUCUGAGUUCAAGUUCACCUGUUCCGAGUGCAAUAAAAAAUUCCUUACCGAACGCAAGCUGAAGAACCACAUGAGCUCCAUGCAUGACCCGGAGAGCACCAUUAUCUGCGACAAGUGCGGCAAGCAGAUGCGCACAAAGAUCAUCCUAAAGAAGCACCAGGAGCUGAUGCACUCGGACAAGCCGCGCCCGGAGCCGGAGCUGAAGCAAUGCCAGAUCUGCGGAGCCUGGCUGAAGGGCAUGACGGGACUGAAGCAGCACAUGAAGAGCAUCCAUGUGGAGAGCGUGGGUGAGCAUCGUUGUCACAUCUGCGCCAAGGUGUCGCCGAAUGCUAGGGCCCUGAGGCGUCACAUCUAUCACAACCACGAGUGCGAGCGAAAGUUCAAGUGCACCAUGUGCGAGAAGGCCUUCAAGCGGCCGCAAGAACUGAAGGAACACACUUCCACCCACACGGGCGAGGUACUCUACACCUGUCCCAACUGCCCGAUGACCUUCUUCUGCAGCGCCAACAUGUACAAGCAUCGCCAGCGGCUGCAUCGCGCCCAAUACGAGGCGGACAAAAACCAGCCGAAGCCACCGAAUAUCCUAAAGAUUUCCCGUAACGCCUCCGCGCACACGAAAAUCUCCAAGCAGGAGAUGUAGCCCCCCAACGACGGUUCUCCCUCGCACGGAAUUUGAUCUUAUACAAACAUUUGUAAUUGUCCCCUUAUACAGCCUAACUUAUUACUUUAAUUAUUUUUGUUCUAAUUAUAGAUUUAGUUUAAUGUUUAAGACGAUCAAAGUCCGUGCAAACCCACACAUUUGGUAAUUUAAAUGUAAGAUUAAGAGAUAAAUAAAAGCGACAACAAAACAACAA